AUGACGACGAUUCACCGCACCAGUGACGGGCCCCGGGGGGCACAGAGGAUCAUCAAAAAUCUGUACCGAAGAACAAAUGAUAAGCAUAAGCAACAACUAAGCAUGAACCUAACGGAAUUUAAAUUCUAUGACUAUGAAAGCAAAGAACUUAGAACCAUAGAAACAUCUCCCUGUCGGAAAUACAUAUGCAUAUGCGACUCCUUUGGGGUUAUAUAUGUAUACAGAAUUUUUAAGAACGAGUUUCUUUACCUGCUGCAGCUGCAUGCACAUGUGUCGAAGAGCUCUAUCAUGUCCAUCAUAUGGAUUAGCAAAAAGAAUCGGAAGAAGAAGCAUUUGUUUAUGGCCAACGAAUACAAAGACUACGUUCUCGCCAUUACGACUCUCUGUGGUGAGAUCGUUCUGUACGAUUUGGAAAACCAGAAUCGACUGCAAAGCAUCUCGAGCAACGGGAGCAUCUCCUGUGCCAAACUAAACAAUAGCCUUCAAUACUUCGGCACCACCAAUUUGGAUGGCUACUUCUACCUCUACAAUAUAUACAGCACCGCGGGCAGCCGGAUCUACAACUGUUUCGACCGCUUCCACGAGGGGGGUGCGGCGGUUAGCGGGGAUGCGGGCGACCUGAGCCACGUGAGAGAUGUAAGCGAUGAUGCAUAUAACAGUGACAGUAGCGACGGCAGUGAUGGUAGCUACCUUCGCAACCGCAGCGACGAUGCACAUAGCCGUGCUAACCCUCCCUGCGACGACGAUGCGCAGGAGCGACCGGGCAAAAGAAUCAAAAUGUCCAACGAUCUCUCCCAGUAUCUGGAAGACGAGGACGCCUCGUCGCAGGGGGAGGACGCAGAGGAUGUCUUAUCGCAUGGAGAAGACGCAGAGAGCGCCCCUGCGCUGGCCCCAAAGGCGUGGCACGUAUUCUCCCCCCAAACCCGAAAAAGGGACAAUAAAAAUCAAACUGGUGAGACGUUUAACUUAUUCAUUACGAACCGAUUCAAGUGCAGGGAAAAGUUAGUUUGCCUGUACUUUGUGGAUGAGCUGAAAAACAUGGAGGUGCUGCUAAGCAGUGUGCAGGGGGGGAAGAAAAGCAAGGCGGUUGGCGAGGAGGUGGGAAGUGGCCAUGUGGGAAGCGAAGAGGACGACCAAAGCGACCAUGGGGAAGACUACCACUACAGAACCCAUGACCGCAGUGAGGGGACCCGCCCCCGGAGGAACAAAAUCAAGCAACUGGAAAAGUCGUACCAUAGCUACAACCACUACGUACUGCUGGGGAGCGAAGACUCCAAAAUCUACAAAUAUAACAUCACGAGGAAGCUCUGUGAGGGGGAAUUCAAGGGCGUCAAUGAGAGCUGCAUCAUUUGGGACGUCCUCUACGUAUACAAAACAGACGAAGUGGUGUGCGUGGAUAACAGUGGCUCCCUAACCAUCUUUGACAACAGCACGUUCAGCGUAAAAUACUUUUUUAAUCAUCACCUGUACAAGUCGGUAUCCUUGGCGAAGACGCUAAAUGAGGAUUAUAUUUUCACGGCAGGGGUAGACAGGUAUAUAAUUAAAUACGCCCGGACGUGUAUACAAGGUGGAGGAGGAAGGGCUUCCUCAAAUGUAAACAUCAGACGGGAGGUAGCGAUGACUGGGAAGAGGAGCGCCCAAAUGAUUAGUAGCAAGAUGAAUGGAGAUACAGUAACAGCCCACUACUCAGGAGUCAAUAGAGGGAACCGCGAAGAAGAGGAACAGUUCUUCCUCCACAAAGUGAAAGAAACGAAGGAGCUAAAUAAAAAGUGGUAUCGCAUUAAUAAGAAGGCCUCCCACAUUUCAGAUAUAAAACGCAUCAUCCUGGUGAAGGGAAAUGUCAUAGUUAGCAUAAGUGACGAUAUGUGCUUCUGUCUCCACGAUACGUUCAACCAGAUCAGCAGAUACUUUGAAAUUGGAAACGCUGAGCUGAACAGGAAUGUAUACUUUUCGGCCAAUCUGAAGACGGUUUUUUGUUCGCACGCUUGGGGGAUAAAGAUUCACUACAAUGAUAGUUCUAUAUGCGUGGGGGGGAGAGGCAGUGCAGGGGGCAGCAGUGGAGGGAGAAGCAGCGGGACGACUUCUUCACCGCAUGCUGGGCUGAUCGCUCCCAAGGACAUGGAAAAAAUCAGCGCAGUCAACUACAAACACAUCGCCAACAUUUCCUACGGAAAGAACGAGUUUGUUAACUGCUGCAUUGUAAAUGACGGCGCGACGAAAAUUGCCUGCAGAACGAAUAGGAAGCUCUCCAUUUAUCACUUCAAUAUAGACGACCUAACUAUAUACAACUAUGACCUUUCGAAGUUGUCCGCGUUUAAAGUAUACUCAUUUGACUUUCUUGAUGACGAUUUGGUGAUUCUUUCCUUUGCGAGGUGUCACGUCAACGAGAAUGGUCUGAAGAAGGGUGAGAAGAAGGAGGACGCUGUACGGGAGAAACCCAUCCCGGGGGGGGAAGACAACAGCCAGGAGAUGUACGAAUUGUAUGAACAUGUGCAGGAUGACGAGAUGGACACAGAUCAGAACGGAGUAGAAAAUUUGUAUACCUACCAUGUGGCCAUUUACAACAUCGAAAUGAAACAAGUGAUGGAAGAAAUUGAAGUGGACAGAAUUCUCUGCAAUUUUAAGAAAUACAACAAUGGGAAUCUAAUCAUAUCCACAGAUGGGAAGAAAAAUGUUUUUUUAUUUUUCAAAAAUGGUGAGAAGUAUCUUAAAAGAUGUUUAAAAAUCGUCGACUUUAAUUUAAGCAGGAGGAACAUCCACCGGAGCUACUUAUUUUCCAUCGUCAUUGAGAACCUCUUGUUCAUUUUUACGCUGGACAAUUUUGUGUACAUAUAUUCUUUGUAUUACGGGACGGGCAGUUUAUCCUUCUUAAAGAGUCAGCUUGUAAGAAAUUAUCAGCUCUCAAAGUACAGGGAUGUCUCCCUGAUCGAUUUGUGUCUCCGUGGGGGGAGAGUAGAACGCAGGGAGGAGGAGCAGCAGCACAGUGAAGAGACGGGAGAGAGGAACGUAGGAGACCAUGAAUGCUCUCAGCAGGUGGAGGCGGCCAACCGUACACUGUCAUGGACACCGCCCCAUCCUGCGCCAUUUCAGAGCAAGUACUGCCUCCUGCUGCGGAGCUGCGACCAAAUGGGGCUAGUCGGGCUCAACAUAUUUAACGACCUCGCCAUCGACGUCCAGUUGACAAAUGUAGAAGAUGCCUCCAAGAACAAUACAGACGAGCUCGAGCAGUACUACCUGUCGUCGCUCGAUUUUCGCUACAACUUCCUCAAUACGAAGCAGCUGUACUUUGAGGAUGCAAAUCUGUACAAUAUUCUCCUGCGCGAAAUGAGGCGGGAGCGCAGGCGGGGCGAAGCGCUGCAUCAGUUGGAUGCUUCUGAUCGGUUGGACGCUGCUAAUCGGUUGGAUGCUGCUCAUCCCGUUCCUACGUAUGACGCCUUAAAACGUCACAAGGCACUAACGGGAGGACAACACAGCGAAGAAGAGCCCAGACACGAGAAAGGUCCCGUCAGCACGGAUCUUUUACAGCUGUCUUUCCAAUCACUGAAGAAUCUAAAAAGGAAAAACAUUUUGAACGUGCGUGCCUUGUACACUCCACAGAGCGACAUCGUGUUGCUUCUCUGUGUCCCCCAAAAUAUUGACUGCACGCUGAUUAGUGUGGCUGACACGAAGAAAUAUGCCGACUAA